AUGCCGCUCCAUCUACACAAAGAAAACGGCUCAGCUCCGCCGAUGUGGAGAGCGGCGGAGAUGCCCUGUACACUGUCGUUUUAUCUAACGCACAAGGGCACACUAGCUGAGCGCGGCGCGAAGCCGAUCAGAUGGCAAGAGCAUUUUAUGCGGUUCCUCUAUACCUCCCUGGUGGGCCGUUGUCCCCUCGCUCAACACAUUCGAUGUGCUCUGGCCGCUGUGAAAGUUAGGCGACAAGCAAGGCUUUCCGGUCCACACGUUGAAGGAGGCAACGACUCUCGCAUCAAGAAAAGGAGAGCGGGCCGUUUUGGACCAUCUGAAUGA